GUACAGUGCGGCAUAUGCCAUCAAGCUCAGGCUGCACGGCCUUAUGAUUUCGGUCGCUGUGGAUUGUGGGAAUCAAAGACACUGCCCCAUCUCGUGCUAUUUUAUUGGAGCAGUAGGGAAGGCUGUCCGUAGACAUAUUGCUGUGUAUUUUCUGUUGAAGGAAUCAUACUGGCUGGGGCACUAUGUCUAGCCGAGGAGGAAAGAAGAAGACCACAAAAAUAUCUCGAUCGGCAAAGGCCGGCGUCAUAUUUCCUGUUGGCAGAAUGCUACGCUACAUAAAGAAAGGUCAUCCCAAGUACAGAAUUGGGGUGGGUGCACCAGUAUAUAUGGCGGCUGUCCUGGAAUACCUUACAGCUGAGAUCUUAGAGCUGGCAGGUAAUGCUGCACGGGACAAUAAGAAAGGUCGUGUAACGCCUAGACACAUUCUUCUGGCAAUUGCCAAUGAUGAAGAACUAAACCAGUUAUUGAAGGGUGUUACCAUAGCUGCUGGAGGUGUUUUGCCCAACAUUCACCCUGAGCUUCUGGCAAAAAAGAGGGGCUCAAAGGGUAAGCAGGAUGCUGUUAUCACACCUUCACCCGCCAAGAAAUCCAAAGUGUCCACAGCAAAGAAAGGCACAGGAAAGAAAGGUGGCAAGAAAAGUGCAGGAAAGUCUAAGAAGAAGAAAAGUUUAGCUAGCAAGUCUGCUACUGCAGACAGCACAACAGAUGGCACCCCAGGUGAUGGAUUCACAGUCCUUUCCACCAAGAGUCUCUUUUUAGGACAGAAGCUGAACCUUAUUCACAGUGAAAUCAGUAACUUGGCUGGCUUUGAUGUUGAGGCGAUUAUCAAUCCGACCAAUGCAGAUAUUGACCUUAAAGAUGAUCUAGGCCAUGCCUUGGAGAAGAAGGGCGGAAAGGAAUUUGGCGAAGCUGUCAGCGAGUUACGGAAAAAGAAUGGUCCCUUGGACAUAGCAGGAGCGGCGUUAAGUGCUGGUCACGGUCUGCCUGCUAAGUUUGUAAUACAUUGCAACAGUCCGGGUUGGGGCUCAGACAAGUGUGAGGAGCUCCUUGAGAAGACAGUGAAGAAUUGCCUAGCUCUGGCAGAUGAAAAGAAGCUCAGGUCGAUUGCAUUCCCUUCUAUUGGUAGUGGAAGAAAUGGCUUUCCAAAGCAAACAGCAGCCCAGCUGAUCCUUAAAGCUAUUUCCAGCUACUUUGUCUCCACAAUGUCGUCUUCAAUCAAGACCGUUUACUUUGUGCUUUUCGACAGUGAGAGUAUAGGCAUCUACGUGCAGGAAAUGGCUAAGCUGGAUGCUAAUUAAACCACAAUCCUGUCCUUGUGUAUCGCCAGAGUUUCAAUACAAAUUUAGUCUUGUCUGACAUCCCAGGCUCUGUUUACAUAUUUAAAAAAGAAGAUAUAAAAAAACCUGAUAUUUUUUUUUUUCUACCUAAGCUAUUUUUUCCCUGCUGGGUCAAAAUGAAAGUGCUGGGUUUCUAAAUAGAAGUGUGCUUUAAAAGAAUGCCUGCGACAUGGCGGGGUGAAUUCUGCACUGUAUGAAGGGUAGCCUUCAAAUCCUUUCCUAAUUUUUAUUUUUCUUAAGGCUCUAUUGGUGGUUGGAAUCCUGGUUAUUUGUGCGGAAGGAAAACAGAAGGAACAUUUUGUAACUGUGUUUGUGAUACUGUGUCCUGCACUGAUUCAUUAAAAAAGGUUCUGCUGA